UUAAGUGCAGCACAUUCCUGUGCACGGCGCCCGCGGACCAAGAGUCACAGGCGGUGGAGAUUCACCGCGACGCCUCGCUCGCAGGGGGCCGGGAGGAGCUCACCCCAAAGACAAAACUCACCUCGGACCGCUUGAGCAAGGCGGGGGGGAUCGUCAGCCACUUAUCCGUGGUUUGGGGGCCAGGGGAGCGGAGAUGUCGGAGCUUCUGCUGAACGUGCUCGGGGAGCGGCUCGUCAACCGCGAGAAAGCCGAAGUGGACGUGCAGGCGCUGGGCGAGCGGGUGUCGCUGCUCGGCCUGUUCUUUGGCUGCGGCCUGAACGCGCCGUGUCGGCAGUUCAACGGCAGCCUGUGCGACUUCUACGGCCGCUUCAAGCAGACUUCGGAACACCGAGACAAGCUGGAGGUAGUGUUCGUCUCCUCGGACCAGGAGCAGAAGCAGUGGCAGGACUUUCUGCAGGAGAUGCCCUGGCCCGCCUUGCCCUUCAAAGACAGACACAAAAAGAUGAAGCUGUGGAACAAGUACAAGGUGACUAGCAUCCCGUCGCUCGUGUUCGUGGACGCCGCCACGGGGAAGGUGGUGUGUCGGAACGGUCUGCUGGUAGUCAGGGAUGAUCCCAAAGGCCUGGAGUUCCCCUGGGGGCCCAAACCGUUUGCAGAGGUAGUGGCGGGGCCUCUGCUCAGGAGCAACAGGCAGUCGACAGACAGCGCUUCCCUGGAGGGCUACUAUGUGGGGGUCUACUUCUCGGCGCACUGGUGUCCACCGUGCCGUAGUUUGACACGAGUGUUGGUGGAGUCGUAUCGCACGGUCAAAGAGUCGGGUCAAAAGUUUGAGAUUGUGUUUGUCAGCGCUGACAGGUCUGAGGAGUCUUUCCAGCAGUACUUCAGCGAGAUGCCCUGGUUGGCGGUGCCAUAUUCAGACGAGGCUCGACGCUCGCGACUCAACAGGCUGUAUGGGAUUCAAGGUAUUCCCACCUUGAUCCUGUUGGACACCGAGGGUCAUGUGAUCACGCGACAGGGCCGCGUGGAGGUGCUGAACGACCCGGAAUGCCGGCUUUUCCCGUGGCACCCUCGCCCCGUGCUGGAGCUCAGCGAGGCCAACGCUGCGCAACUCCACGAGGGACCCUGCCUCGUCCUCUUUGUGGACGCCGAGGAUGAAGGCGAGCUGGAGCCGGCCAAGGAGCUGAUCCGACCCAUCGCCGAGAAGCUGAUGACUAAGUACAAAGCCAAGGAGGAGGAGACGCCGCUGCUCUUCUUCGUGGCCGGAGAGGACGACAUGAGUGACUCUCUGCGUGAUUACACAAAUCUGCCAGAGGCAGCGCCGCUACUCACCAUCCUCGACAUGUCAGCACGGGCCAAAUACGUGCGCGACGUAGAAGAGAUCACGCCGGACGUGGUGGAGCAGUUUGUUGGCGACUUCCUGGCAGACAAGCUCAAACCCGAGCCCAUCUGAAACGGGAGGUCUAAAUACAGACAAGAACGGGACUCUUCACAAUCAUCAUUAAUGCACUCCUUCAGCGUCAUCCUUCACUUUUUACUAUUUUAACUUUUUUUUUACUCUCUCCAUCUCCUGUGGUGCCUUGCAUUGACUCUAUCACCCCUACAGUUAAUAUAUAUAUAAAGAUUAUUUUGUUUUUCCACAUAUGGCAUUAUUAAAAUAGCAUUUCUGGAUUCUAGCGAAGCCCAGCGGACCUACUUGUCACUCACAUCUUUUUCACGCCUGGACCAUGGAACUUUGAAAACAAACAAAAAACAAACAAAAAAAAGAAUAAAGUGAAUGCAGAAUUUUG